AUGGCUAGCCCUUCCGCACCGCUCGCCGAUUAUUUCUGGAUUGCGGGCAUCGAGCAUAUCGCCUACGAUGAUCUUCUAGGGCCACAGCAGCCCCAGCAACUCGACGAUACUAUCGCCGAAGAUGGGGAGGGGGAGAGAGAGGGCGAGGAUACCGACAGCAUAGUAGCGACACCGGUGCGUAGAAUGGCUCGGCAUUCCCGCCAAAAUUCGGGCAACACCAACCGAUUGUCCACUCUCUCCAAGCUUUCUUUGUCGCCAUCCCUCUCUGGCGGCGAGGGCCGCGUGCUGGAGGAUAUUGACGGCAACACGAGGAGCAACCGGAGUAGCGCCACCAUCCGUCCCCUAGCACCGCCCAAUUUCAACGCUGGUGCCCCCAAUGAGAACACCAUACCGGAGAUCAACGGUUUGGGCGGCGGAGAAGGGAUUGGGUUCGAUGGUUUCCCUGCCGAUUUUGACUUCGACGAGGCCCUCCUCAAGUUCGCUGCGGAGAGGGAAAACUUCUUGGACGACCUUAGUUUCAGCGCCGGGGCUAAGAUCCACACCCGGCCUCCUAUGGUCAACCCGAGAACGGGCAAGCUCAAGGCUGAAGAUGCCGACGCGAGCGGGAGGAAGAGCCCUCUCAGGAGCAUCCGUGGCAGCAUCCGACGCAAGAUGAGUUUUAGGGACAUGAACAGCGUCAGGAAGCAGCCCAUGCCCCCAAGAGCAGCCUCAGUUCGCACGGCGAAACGCCUCAGCAACUACAAUUCCGUCAUCCCACCCCCUGAACCGCUGAACCUCGACCCCGAUAUGCACCCGCUUAAGAGGCGGUUCGAGCCGGUCCUACUCGACAGGUACCCGCAACGAGAUGCUUCGGCAGACGAGCUGGCGAGAAGGGGCAAGUUUCCGGACUACGUACCCAUGUUCGCCUUCCCCAACGACAUCCAUAUCGUAUCCUCGGACGAGCGCCCCCGAUCGACGUGGCACGGCUUUACCAUGACCUCGGACGACAACUCCAAGAUCUACGGCAUCACCAUCAUUGUCUGGACGGCGUUGGAUGCGGAAGUGGCUGAGGAGGUUGAAAAGCGAUGCGAGCUGUGGCGACAACGACACAUGAGCAACGAGGAAAGGGAACUCGCUGCCAGUCUGGGAGGCCGCCUAGCCGCUGACCGCGCACACCUCUCGCAGCUCCUGGCGAAACUGGGCACUGUCCCAUCCGGCUCGGCAGCUCGAGACGCGAUUGACGAGGAGAUCAGUGCGGUGGAGGAAAAGAUCGCGCUCAUGACGGAGAUGCUGCGGCCUUUGAGACACGGCGCGGCGUCCAAGAUUGACGGACUUACAGCGGGCGAGACCGGGCUGUGGACACCGAGGGCGUUUGGCAUUCUCGGCCGAGACCCGUCCAAGAUGGGAUUCUGGAAGGAGUGGCUGCGGGCCAUUGCCGUGCCCAUGACUGACGGCGCGGUGCUGCGGAUCUCCCCGAGCUCACCCAAGGUUGGCCGAUGGCAGCCCCUGGAACGCUAUGUGGUCAACCUCUGCACCGAGGCUUUCAGCCCACUGAGCUCCCUGACUCAGGUCGAGCUAGGCGUACGAGAGCUGCGGCUGUACGCGCGCAAGGAAGCGGUCAAUGAGAUACCCGGGUCACGGACCAUCGACAUCUACGCGCUCUUCCGUUGCUUGUCGCUCGAGAACAUUGUCCUCCUAUUCGAGUACGCCAUGUCUGAAGCGCGCAUUAUUUUCCUCUCCUCACACACCGGCAUGUUGCACCUAGCGUGUCAUGCGCUAGCAAACCUGCUCUACCCGCUCAAGUGGGCAAGCAUCUUUAUCCCGGUGUUGCCUGCUCGGCUCAUCUCGGCCCUUGAAGCGCCAUGCCCGUACAUUGUCGGCGUGGAGAGGCGAUACGAGAAGAUUGAACUCCCCGACGACGACUACGUGCUCGUGGACCUUGACAAGGACGUCAUUGACGCCUCGGCGCGCCCCAUCAGCUUACCACGGCAACACCGGCGGAAACUGCUCUCGUUGCUCCAGGUAUCAGCCCCGCACCGACUUCGAUAUGGGGUCACCGCGGGCCCCCCACCAUAUGCCGUGGAAGCAUUCCCUUACGACGCCUUCUCCGCCGAGAGCGAGGCCAUAUUCAACCCGCUCGCCACCAAGAGCUCGCUGGGCAAGUGGGUGACACAAAACUCGACCACAUUCGGCGAGGCAGAUCCGCCUAACUCGGCCCGGACGCCGAUUUUCAACGCCUUUGCCAAAGCGAAGCUCGACCCGAACAGGAUGGAACGGCCGACGACGUCCAAGUCGAGCAAGGGGAGCCCCCCGUCGUCGGUCUCGCCGGUGUCGAUGAAUUUCCCGCCCAUGCCGACGACGCCCGUGUCGAGGAGCGAUUCCGGGUUCGCGCAAACCCUCCGCGAGAAGCGGUCGGGCCACUUCGACGAUAAGUCUAGGAGGAGCUCGUCCUUUGGCGGCGACCGUCACCACCCGCCCAUGCACCGCCCGAGUCUCCCUUUCCUGAACGGGCACAGCCAGAACCUGUCGAUAUCCGCCAUCUCGGUCGACUCGCAGUCGUCAUUCGGGGGCUACGCGCCCUCGACGUACGCGCAGUCCACCAUUGCCGCCUCGACCAUCAUGCCUAAUAUGACCGUCCAGCCGGUCAAGAACACAGAGAACACUGUCUGGGUCGAGGGCCACUGCUUUAACUGGACGCCUGCUGAGCUCAACUCGACAUGCACGAUCUGCGAGGACCGGUCGGAGGGCGACGGGUUGUACAAGUGUACCGGGUGUGGCUCUCUGGCGCACAACCGGUGUCUCGGCUUCGUGUCACUGGUCUGCCCAGAAGCCUUCCACCCGGACCGUGUCCGCGCUGCGUUUGUGCGUUGCCUAGCGAGUCUUCUGUACACUUACCGCAAGCACCUCGGCCGCCCGACUCGCGAGCAAAAAGCGAACGGCCAAGCCUACUCGUUUGAUAUGGAUGCUUUUAUCCGCAGCCUGCCCUACGAUCAGCAGGAGUACGCCACCAUGAUGCGGGACACUCAAGCAUUCAACGAGUUCAUCCACGAACGCGAGCGCACGCCCGCCUCCGACCCGGCCAUCCGCCUCUUCGACGAGAUCAUCCUCGCCAAAAAGGCCCGCGGCCGCCCAGUCUUCUCCGCCGGCCUCUCCCGUCUCUCCACCCUCCGCGGCGGUUCCGGCGGAGGAGGCGGCUUCACCAACCCGGCGGCCGCCGCAGCCGCAGCCGCCAGCCGUGCAGCCAGGAUCCCCGGCUUCCUGUCCGACGCGACCGACCAUAUCUGGCGCACGGCGUCCGUGCCGAUGCCAUCGGCCGCCAAGUUCCAGGGCGAUUAUCGCAGCGUGGUGACGCGGGUGCCGCUGCGUUUGGACCCGGCGCUGAUGCGCGAGCCGAGGACGAUUCAGGGCGUACCGAGGCCGAGUGAACAGAAGAAGGUCAAGGGGUUGGUGCGGAAGCAGGUUGCGAGUAUGUUGGGCCCGCCGGCGGGAUUUCGGGCGCCGGAGUAG